AUGUUGACCAUGGGCUUUACGAAAACUGCCUUUGGUUCUGACAUGUUAUUUCUGCCAUGUCCUUUGGGGACGUUCUCAAAUUCUUCCGUACCAAAACAUGACAAGUGCACAGAAUGUCCACCAGGUGGUUUCUACUCUGAUACUCUUGCUUACGUGGCGGAAGGCUGCAAGCAAUGUCCAAAUGGAUCGUAUGUUCCAUUUGAGAAAAAACCUGGCAAAUCAAUACUGGAAUGCAAGGCGUGCCCACUCGGAACGGAAAGUGACUUUUUUGCUGGAUAUCGUGCUUGUCCUUGUUUGGAAGGAUUUUAUCGAACCCAUCUAUUUUCUGGAUGUCGCAAAUGUGAAAAAUCUGGCGGACUGGUUUGCCAGGAUGAAUAUGCCUCAUUAAAACUUGGAUAUUGGUGGGAGUGGCGUAAUGAGUCAUACAAACUUCGCUACCAGGAUUUCAUAAAGAAUCUUUUGGCUUCCUCUCCAGAGUUAGAUGAUUCUUCCGUACAGUACCCGCAUGCGAUACCAGCACCAUACAGGUGCCCAGUAAAAGAGUCUUGCAAAGGUGGCCUGGACUCCCCAUGCGAAGAUGGAUACGAGGGUCCGCUUUGUGCAGUUUGUUCUUUAGGGUACUACAAGCAACUGGAGUCUUGCGCGAAAUGUCCCUCAAAGACGUGGAUUGUGGCACAGUUUUCGAUCAUCUUUGUCAUUAUAAUUCUACUUGUUGCAUUUUUGAUGUGGAAGAGGAAGGCAACGUUAUCAAAGGACCGAGGCCAGUAUCUGAUAGACAUGUUUUUAUCCAAGCUUAAGAUAAUAAUCGGUUUUUACCAGGUCACGCACGGCUUAUUGACAGUAUUCUCGUACAUCGAAUGGCCAGAGUCACUGCAUGUUGUUUCCACUUAUUCCGGAAUACUUCAAAUGAAUCUGCUUCAGAUCGCACCCAUUCACUGUUUAUCAUCAGGGCUACGCGUGAACGUCUUUGGAGAACUGCUCCUGAUAUUAACUGUGAAUGUCACUGCCAUUGGUGUAACAGGUUUUGGUUAUAUUGUGUUUAAGACAAUAAUUGUGAAAAAUCACAACCUCAACGACAAAGAAAAGUCGACCAAAAUCUCGGAAACGAAACGCCUGUUUUGUAAGAAUUUGUUUUUCUUCCUGUAUGUGACAUAUCUGGGUACUUUUUCCAAGACAGUCAGCGUUUUGCCACUAGCUUGCCGAAAAGUCUGCCGGGACGACGAGGAAGAGUUGUGUAACAUGUACGCCAAAGCAGAUUACAGCUUAAGAUGCCAAGGAGCCACAUAUGACUAUUGGCUUGUCUUGGCAUACAUUUCAACCGCGUACGUAGUUGCCUUGCCCGUUGCCUCGUUAACUGUACUUUGGAGGCAGAAGAGAGUGAUAGUAUCUAAAAUAGACAAUGAUGGUGGCUUUGGCAUGGAAACAAUUGAAGGGUUGAGGUUCCUCUUCGAAAACUACAAGUCUGAAGCAUGGUAUUGGGAACUGGUUGAAAUGUCGCGUAAAGUCGUUCUUACUUCUGGUGUCAUUCUUGUCGGACAGGAAAGUAGAUCCUACAUUGGCCUCACUUGGGUUGUUGCAGGCAUGUUUGGAGUACUUUUCUGCUGGGUGAAACCGAUCAAAGACGCUUCUGAGAACUUGUUGAUGUCGGCUUCCCUGGCUGUUACAGUUGUAAACCUGGGCAUUGGCGCUGUAAGCAGAAUCCCAGCAGAGAAUGUAUCAAACAUAGUGGAUAAACACAAAGACGUAAUAGCAAUGAAAAUACUUAUACUUGGUGCAAAUACUCUGGUGAUUGGCCUAAUUAUUGUGCAAUACUUGACGUUUUUGUACGAGUACUACAAAGAGUGGCGCCAAAACCCGCAGUGGUCUGUUUCUUGUUGUCUGGCUCUGCUUCUCCCUCUUGAUGAUUUGCAAGGAGAAGUUCAUGGUAUGACUGGUGAUAACUUGAUGAAAACCCAGAUUGACACAGGGAGGACGGAGAAGCCGUCGUUUGCUGCCACUGUGAAAGACAGCGGAGCUUUAAGUUUCACUCUUUGCUGCGAAGAUGUCGAAGGAAACGAUGAUGAAAUCAGGAUGGAAUAUAAUGAGCCAAACGUUGAAGUUGUUGACUACACCAACAACAGAUGUCAUCGUUGGACACAAACGAAAGUCUUUGUCUUACCGUUUGUCUCAAACGCGAAACUUGGGUCUUUGGAAGAUAACCAACAGCGAUAUAAUCACCAGACUCCUGGAAAUAAGAGAGCUCUUGCUGACGCUGCAGAGAGUGGUGUAUCAACUAAGCAGAAGAUAUGCAUGAACAAGAAAAAAGACAGUAACGAACCAGCAGAGCAGAAGAAAUACAACGAAGAACGAGGCAGCGAGUCAAGAUUAUGA